AUGGGCGUCAUUCGCACAGUCAAGAAGGCGGGCAGUGGCGCCACCCCAAAGGCCGGCCAGACUAUCACGGUGCACUGCACCGGCUAUUUGGCGGAAGGGAAAAAGAAGUUCUGGUCCACUCACGAUGACAACAAACCGUUUUCCUUCAACGUGGGCGUCGGGCAGGUGGUCCGCGGCUGGGAUGAGGGCAUGUCUCAGAUGCAACUUGGCGAGACGGCAGAGUUGCUCAUGACGGCUGACUAUGCCUACGGUGCUCGUGGAUUUCCUGCCUGGGGGAUCCCGCCGAACGCCACGCUGCUGUUUGAGAUUGAGAUGCUGAAGAUCGAAGAGGGCAUCUCUCGCGGUGUAUGA